UUGGACCUCUCAGUGGAACAUGGUGUCUGUGUAAAACGCAUUCAUGCCCAUGUUAUAAACUUAACCACUCCCGUGGAAGAGAUGGUGUUACGUGGUGGAGAAGGACUCUAGAUGGAGGGGGUAAAAGAGAGGGACUUAUAACAGAGAGAGGGAGAGAGAAGCUCUUGCGCGGAGAGAUAGAGGACAAAAACGUGACUAGGCAGCCGAAGAGCUGUUACGCAACCGCUGACCUACUAACACAUAUUUCUAGAAAGGGAGCCGGAGAAACUGGAGCAAAGUGUCCGGCAGCACACAACACACAGCCAGCCCGAGCCAAGAGACGGAAACAGCAUCCACCCGACCCACUGACUCAAACACAACUCAGCCGAGCACCGAGAAGCAGGAGAAAACUUUUCGCUUUUUUGUUGUCGGAGGUUUCUUCUAAAGGCACAAGGAAAGGAGGAAACGGGAGCGAGACAGCUUUUGUGUCGGGGAAGCCUGAAUCUUUUUUUCUCCUCCUCCAGGACAUGGAAAGUUAGUGGUCAGCAAACAGCAGCACUGAAGCUGGAUCCUCAGGGAGCCCCGAAGUACACGGACUGACCUACAUCCUCUGUAAAACACUGAGAGAAGCAGGGCAUCGGCCUGACAGGCAUCACAGCUCUGCUGAAGAUUGAGGGAGACGCCGAUAAACUCGAAAUCACCUCCAACAAGACUCCAGAGACUGCUCUGAUCUGUUUGCCAAGACAGCUGGAAGACUCUUUACCCAAAAUAAAAACUUGUGUCUUUUUUUAGGUUCCUUGUUCAGAACACUAGUUCAAUGUCUGAGGUUUUUGUGGCUUGCCAUCUCUUUUUAAUCUUCUUGGCUAAUCUGGACACUUGAACAUUUUGAUCUUGAAGAACAAGUAACAGAAAUCAAUGAGGCUAUCCCUUCGAGGAGCACAAAUACCUCAUCAAGAAGUUUUUGCCGAUCCUGCGACUUAGGUCAAACUCCUUAGUAACAAAGAAGAAGACAUAUAGUUUUACAUUUUUUCCCUUCCCCCCCUUUGCCCUUUGCUAGAGUUACACUCUGGCCCCCAGCUGGGAAAAAAUGGAAAGUCUGAGUCUUCAUCUCCCACCCACCAGCAACAAAAAUGCCAUGGAGGUAGACACUUUUUCCUCAUACAGUGGCAGCCUCCCAUCUCCUAAUCCUGACUCUGGAGCACGGAUCAGCCGCCAGUCGAAAGGUUCCAAGCCUAAUGCGAGCUGCCGCCGUAAGCGAGAGUUCAUUUCUGAUGAGAAGAAAGAUGCUUCCUAUUGGGAAAAACGGAGGAAGAACAAUGAAGCAGCCAAGCGCUCACGGGAGAAGCGUCGCCUCAAUGACAUGGUGCUUGAGAACCGUGUCAUGGCGCUUAAUGAGGAGAACGUUCGUCUGAAAACGGAGCUUCUUCAGCUCAAGUUGCGCUUUGGCCUCAUCAGCACAGCCUCCUACAUGGAGAAGAGUCAGCAGAUCUCCAACAGCACUACUGGUGUCAACAGUGGGAGCACCAAUGGCACCCAAAAUAGUAACGCCUACCUCUCAAGCAGCGGCUACUCCAGUGCAUCCCAGGUGAUGCUGAACUCUGACUCAUCUGAAGCUGAACAGUCGAGCCGUGGCGAUCGCCACAGUGCGCUCCACCAGUACUCACCCCGCGGCUCCGUCUCUGACAUGUCCGAUGGCUCCUCCAGAGACAGCCCAGAACCCAUUGGCUACAACAUAAAGACUGAGCCUUCAAGUUUGGAGAUGGCCAGACUGGAAAGCAACGGGAUGCCCAAUGGUUUGCCAAAUGGGGCUUACCAUGGCAACCACACUACUCUGGUUUCUCCUCACCAGCAGAACGCUCCAUUGGCUGAAAAUGCCAUGGACUACCAGCACCACCAACAGCAGCAGCAGUGCCACAUGGAGGCUUCCAGUCCUGCUCCUCAGGCCACCUCUGCACAGAGAAGUGUCAUCUUGUACCGCUCCAGCAGCGGCUGCUACCCCAUGGAGACCCAGAGGCCGGAAGACCAGCAGACCCAGCAGAACAGACCGCUGCAGCACUCCCCGACCUCCAAGUUUUCAGACUGCUCAGUGACCAUCACAGAGGUUGCUGAGAAACUAGAGAGGACAAAGACCAUGGACUCACCUCAGUAUGAAUACACUAACGGCCAUGCCGAGUCAACAGAGGAGCUGCAGCAAAAGUACAAUGCUAGCACCCAACAACAGCGUGAGAACCAUCAUGGGCACUACAGCUACCAGAGUCAGGAGAAUGGUCUUCAGCAUGCAGAAAGCCACCACAACCCCUUCGCCCCUGAUCUAAUCCGCAACACUGAGGAGGGCAAGUCCUCCUUCCCACAGCACAACGGCUACCUCAACACACUGGACGAAGAGCCCCCGGUGCUCACCUACGAGGGAGGUCCCCGGGCUGACGGUUUCUACCAGGAGAACUCCUCUGCUAAAGACACCUCAUCAAGUGAUGGGGACCCUCGUAGCUCUGACAAGGAGGGCUCCACAGACGACGAGUCCCCCUCCUCAUCCUCCUCAGACAUCAGCAGUUACCACCAGAAAGCAGCAGGAGCUGCAAGUUCACAGGGCGAGUGCCAAGCCGAGGUCAAAGGCACUGCCCUGCCCCACAAGCUCCGCCUCAAGUAUAGAGCUCUGUCCAAUGGGGCAGCAGGAGCGCAUAUGGAGGGAUCAGUCAACACCUCCAUGUCGCCCUCCCCAGCUUUGCCUCAGCACCCAUACUUAGCUCUACCCAGCAACCCUAACAGCACCCAGGCCAACGGGGAGAGCAAAGAGGUGGACAAUGAGACUCAGUAUACAGAGGAGGUCAAUCCUCCGAGUGAGAGGCCAGAGGCCAAGAAGGAGGGAGGGAAAAAGGGAUCCAGCAGCAGCAGGGGUGCGCGCAAUAAGAGGCGAGACUAAGGACUAAUAGGAACAUUUUCCUGUUACCUCUUUGUCCUCUUCAGCAGACAGACAAAUAGGACUAUGACUCACAUCACCACCUGACUUGACAGAAGAAGCCGGUGUUCUGUGAGUUGUAGUUAGGAUGUUAGUUCACCAAGUUUCACUGUGUCACCUGUUCCUCUUCCCUUUGCGCUCUCCUACCUCCCACCUCCAAUUAAAAUGAUAGAUCACUUAAUGAGGGAGGGGACAGAAUGAAACUCUCCAGAGCUGGAGUCUGGGAUAUUUCCCUUGUGGAAAAUUGAAACAUUAUUCAAUUAUUCAUCAUUGUAAACUGCCUUGGUGGCUGGCCAGCGUUUAUUGUGGCAUUAUGGGAACAUUCCUUUGACCAAAGAAUACACAUCCUUCCUUUAGUGUCUCCCUUUUUGGCAAAGAGUUACAUUCUUCCUCCCUCUGAAAACACCUGGACCAUUUGAUCCUCCACCCUCUUACCAUCUGCACACACAAGCAGCACUUAGAUUGUACAUUACUGUGACAUAUAAAUUUGCAUAUAUGGAAUAUAUAUUUUAAGAAGAAAAAUGUGGCAAAAACAACAAAAAAUAAAGCAGUGGGUUGCAGAAGUCGUAGACUUAAAAAUUGAUCGGUUUGUUCUUGUUGAGACACCUUGUACAGUCCCUCUUUGUCUAGAAAAUGCCUCAAAGAUUUUCUUUUAACUAAAAGUAUGAGCCACUACUUGUAAAAAAGAAAAAAAAACAAAAAAAGAGAAAAAGGAAAGGUACACUUUUUUCAGAUUUAUGGAUCAGAUCGGGGGCCUCGUUCAGGUGAUCUGAGCUCUUUGACGCUCAAAGUAGGGCUGCACGAUUAAUUCUUUAAAAGAGCGCAAUCUCAAUUCUCUGAUGACAACAAUUCUGCAAUAUUUGCUUUCGAGAGCUGCAUAUUUAGAAUAAGUCAGAAUUUGUCCCUGCUGUGGCACACACAAAUGCACUUCAAGGCUUUCAGACUCUACCUGAACCUUAAAUUAGCCACAGAGCUAUCUGUGCGGUCAGGCAGGCUGGGUCGUCGCAAAAGAGUGUCUUUUCUUUGGCAAAGGUUACGUGAGAGGCGGACUCAAGCCGAACCUGUAGCCUUUCUAACGUGCACCAAACACUAACGACACUGUAAAUGUAUAUUAGCUCUACCAGAGAUAUUAUUAUACAUAGAAUGACUUUGGUUCUAGUCAUCUCACACAGUCUGGCUAUCAGGCACAGAUUUGGGGGGAACGCAAAGGACGUGCACCUGAAUAUUUAAGAAUGUGCAUUUGUUCUCACCAAUAUAAACAUUAAAGUAGCAGAGGACAUUUAUUCAACAAAAUUAAAGACACUUACACUAUAAAGAAUGUAAGAAAGGAAGUGGUUGAUGCUCCAAAUUUUCUGACAUGAGACUGAAAUAUCGAUAUAUCGACACAUAUCAAUUCAGAAUAUUUUCAGAACGGUUCCAACGGUUCAUUUUCUGCAGUCACUACAGUCAUUCUGGUGUUCUUUUCCACUAGCCGAGAAAAGAAAAGUUGUUGUCGUCAUGAUAUGUUCUAUUUAAAAAGAUAAUUUUAAUGCACUUAAUGUCAAAUUUUCCCCCUGGAAUCAAAAAUGGUAUUGAAUGUGGGUAAUUUAAAGACAACACUAAUCCAAUGUAUGUUUAGUACAAAAUAAUGUAUUUCCUCAAUUUUGCUGCUGCCCUUUGAUUCUAUUUCCUCUGACACCCAGAAAUCAUUUGUACUACUUUGGGUUGAUGGAGAUGUAGAUGGAUAGAUAGAAAGCUUGCUUGCUUUGACAACAUGCACUUGUGCUAAUAGCAAUAAUUUGUUUUGGUUGCAGAAGAAAAAUGCUUUCUGCAAGAGAAUCAUGUUCUCAAUUCUUAGCAAAAAAAAAAAAUUAAAAUUCUCAUUUUAUCAAGAAUCGUGCAGCCCUAACUCAAAGCUGUCAAAACAGUGAAGGCCAGUUAUCCGCAUAUCAGUCCAGGC